AUCAUGUGGUAUUAAAGAAAACUACUCUGAGAAAGAGGAAGCUGAGAGACUGACUGAGUGAGCACGUUGCCUGCAGACAAAAAGUUUGAUUUAAAGUCAACUUCUUCAUCACUCUGAAGAGGAGAUCUCAACUCUUCAGGAGGACCAGGAGACCUGGAGAUGGCUUCAAAACCAAAAAAAAGAAGAUUGAGCAAAGACCUCCCUCCUGAUCUGUCUGAAUUAAUGAACAAACUUAUUAAACAUGCGGCUUCAUUCAUCAGAGAGUUUGACAGCAGUGAACAGAAGAUGAGAGAGAUUGUUAGAGAGUUUAGGAAGAUUGCUGAUGAAGUCAGAAAGAUGCAGGAGACAACAGAUAAAGUCAGAACAACAGGAACUGUUGCUGGAGGAGUAGGAAUAGGACUCGCGAUCUUUGCAGCUCCGUUCACUGGGGGGGCUAGUUUAGUAGCAGCAGGAGCGUUAGCAGCAGCAGGAGCAGGUGUGGUUGUUGGUGCAAAUGUAACAAAAACAAUGAAAGAGAAUGGAAGUGCAGAGAAAGUAGAAAAACUGGGGAAAGACUUCAUGAAGAUUGUUGAACCGCUGAAGAAGGACCUGGAAGAAAUAAAGAAGACGUGUGAGAAGUUGGAGCAAAGAUCAGCUGAACUUCAGGCUGAAAACACUCUGACAGACAUGGAGGAGUUUCAGAGGAUUCUGACCCAAGUUUCUGAACUGGCAAGAAGGAGUGAAGAAGUUUUGUCUUUCACUGCAAUACUGAUGGGAGAUAUGCGGGGCUUGUUAAUGCUCCUUGUGAAAGUCUUCAGAGUCACUUCGACACCUGAAGAUGAUAAAAAGUUAAGAAAGUCCAUCAUCCAGUCAGCUGAUCGCUGUCAGGAGGUCGUUGUCAAGUUUGAUCAGAUGAAGAAAGAACUCAAAGACUUCAGUGUAAAUAAAGAUAGAAGCUCCAGUUUGUAGAAAAGGCCUUGUUUCUUCAUAAUGUCUUCUCACUGAAUCUGCAGUUUGAGAUAUAGAACUUAACAUUUGGGACACAAAUAUUCCUCUGGUCCUAAUUAUCAA